AUGACGUCACCCAUCCACAGCUACGGCCGUUGGGACGAGGCACGGAAGAUGUGGGGGCUGGUGCUGAACAGGUCGCGCGACAUCGCCCGCCAGGGCCUGUCGUACAUCCCCGACGACCGCCAGGAUCUGAGGGACAUGCUGUGCCGCUGGACGCCGGCGUUCAGCCGCUCCCUGAUGACUCACCUGCGCAAGGGGGAGGACCUCAGGGAGGAGCUCAAGGACAUCCUGCGCCCCCACGAGCUCGACUCGCUGCUGAUGUCGACCCACAGGCCCAACUACUGCCUGCAGGUGCUGUCUCAGGUGGUGAAGGACGCCAAUGCCGGCACCGCGGCCACCAUCCGCAUGGACGACAACAUCACGGCCUUCGAGGAUUGCCUGGGGGGCUGCGAGCGUAUCCUCAAGACCCCCGUGCCCCUGAGCUACACCAGGCACACGAGCCGCUUCCUCAUCAUCUGGCUGACCAUGCUGCCCUUCACCCUCUACGGCUCAUGCGGCUUCGCCACCGUGCCCCUCUGCUGCGUCAUCGCCUUCCUCCUGCUGGGCAUCGAGGAGAUUGGUGUGAGCAUCGAGGAGCCCUUCUCCAUCCUGGCCCUGCAGGCCAUCUGCGACUCGGCCCUGAACAACGUGAGGGAGCUGCAGGCUCAGCAUGACAUCAGCAAGGCCAAGUCUGACCAAUACAGCGCCAUCGAGCUCGUCAGCAUGGCCGCCGCCGAGGCGGCCGGCGCCUCGGCCACCGCCGCCGCCGCCGAGAGCCACAACGGCAACGGCAACGGUAACGGCAGCCGCGCCCCGUCCCCCGCCUUCGCCACCGCCGGCGUCGCCAACGGUGGCAACCGCUUCGCGGUCGCGCCGCCGGGCAGCAACGGGACGGCGGCGUCGAGCGACGGCGCGGGCAGCGGCGGCAGCAACGUGUGGCCGCGCAAGGGGAACUACUCCUCCGUGAGCUUCCGCAAGUGA